UUUUAGUACGUGUUAAUACAAGUGAAGCAGCAAAAUUUUUAUAAAAUUAAAAACUGUUUUUUAAUAAUAUAUUCUUGUUAAAAAAACUUUGUAAAUAUGAGUUCUAUUACUCGAGCUGUGGCUUUAAGUUAGCACGUCAGACCAGUUCUGGUUUCAGUCUUUGCUUUGCGCUGUGUCCAGACGUUUCUGGCGAGCAAAAUGACGGCUGGUCGUUGGCUAAUAACACUUGCAACAAUAUUCUCUACACAGCUCCUACCCACUGCUGGCUUUCAGACCUCCCAGGCAGCGAAUCCAGAGUUGCAAGAGUUUAUCCAGCGUGUCGAGCGUCUCGUACUCAACACGACCGAUCGUGCACUGAUCAUCACACGGAAUGUUUAUCUCAACCUAAGCAAAGAGAUGCCACCAACACUGUUGGAAGCCACCAAUCAAACGAUGCAAACUUAUAUGGCGCAGGUGCAGGAUGCGUUGGACGGAACUUCGUACACCAACUUCACACUGAAGCGUAGAUUGCUGCGCCAAUUUAAGGUGAACAAUCUGCAAAUUGAAUUGUUGCGCCGUCAGUUGGAACCUCUUCAACCGGAAUUUAACUUUCAACUGAUCUCAGACGAAUUUUACAAGUCUGAAAAGAAUGUCACUGAGUUUGAUAAUUUAUAUUUGAGUUUCAUGAGCGAGUUUGCCGCGGCGUCUCAGCAGUUGUGGGAUAGACUUUCGGAGCCCACGGUUGAGGAGCAGCAGGAGCUGCUGGAGUUACUUGAUGAGAUUUCCAAGGAACAGCAAUUGCGCGAGAAGGAUAAAUUAUAUGAUGAAUUUAUUGCCAUGUAUCUAUUUAAAAUCGAAGAGAACGAGCAGGAGGCUAAAGAAUUAUAUUGAAAGCGAAUAAUAUGAUUAAAUAUAUACAAUUUACUUUAAUUUAAUAAUAUUUACAUCAUAAAACAUUCGCCCUCUUCACAAAAAAAGUUCGUUUAAAUGGAAUUAUAUAAAAUUAGAGAUUGACUUAGAUUUUAGAAGGCGUUACACAAAUAUUUUCUAAAUAGUUUAGAUAAAAUCAAUAUACAAAAAAAAAAUUCUAAUCAAAAGUUUAUAAAUUAUUCUUUAUAAUUUAAAAAAAAAGUACCAAAAUCUGCAUGAAACCCGAGCGAGGUGUCCUUUUAGUAGUAGUAUAUAAUUGGACAAUUAGUAAUUCUAUUGCAUUCUUAUCACAAUUUCUUUCAUUGUCUCCAUUAUUAUUUGUAUUAUAUGUAUGUUUUUCCCCGUAGUUCCUAGGUAGAACAUAGGGCCUCAAUAAACAACUUAUAAUUAAUAGGAAUUUCAUUUCUCUCCAAGAAUGACCUCUUAUCUGUGCUUCUGCUUCGACUUCUCGUCUCCAGGUGGUCUCCAGCGUCUUCGGCUUCCUUGAUGAUUCUAAUCUAGCGCUGUUCUGCUAAUGUCAUCGUGAGGCUUUAGCAAAGUGUGCCCGAUCCACUUCCAUGUAAGACGUCGAAUUUCGAUAUAGAUCGGUAGCUGUUUGGUUACAGUCCAGAGGUUAGCAUUACUAAUAACGUUUGGCCAAAAAAUCCGCAUAAUUUUUCGAAGGCAUCGGUUAAGAAAGGAUUGCAGCGAUUGUAACACAUUGGAAUAUUUAUGGAACAACAGACAGAUAUCAUCCGCAUAAUCCAUAUCUUUUAGGCAACCGCUUAAACCCCAAUGUUAAUUAAUUUUUCCGGAACUCCUUUACAUACUAGGGUUCUCCAAAUCGCAUCAUGUUUGAGAGUGUCGAAGCUUUCUAAAAUCGUAACAAAAAUGGCCGACAGCGAGAGAAAUAUGUGUAAUACCACAACAAAUACAAUACAUUUGACAGUUGAUAAUCUCAUUUGGCUAUAUGUGAACGGUUAUAUUAUUGAACGAGCUUAGAACGAUAUUAUUUUCAUAUGUAAACAUACUAUUAGAAGUGUUAUUCCUCUCCAAUUUUUACAUUCCGAUAAAUUUCCCCUUCUUCGGAAGAAGAGUAAUAACGACUUCUUUUAGCUCGUCUAGUUUCUUUUCUGCGGUUCAAAUAUCUUUGAAUAGAGGAAACAGUAUCCGCGCGGUCGUUUGAAGAUUAGCUUUUAGAAGUUCUGGGUUGAUUUUAUCCGGAGCUUUGUUGUUCUUUAAUGCUCUGAUAGCAGCCAUUAUCUCCGUCUCAUUCGGAUACGAGGGGUGAAUGUCACGUCUUGGUAUGUGACGUUGGCAACCUUCACCUUUUAGCGGUUUGGUGCUUUUUGAUACAGGUCACGAGUGCGCUACGUCUCAGCGGUCGCCUGCGCUUUUCUUGUUAAAUUGUCACUCCAGAUUCGUUUAUCCGUUCAUCGCUUUUCUUUACCAGCUUGUCGGUUUUACUGUAAAUAUGCUGUAGUGCCGCUUCGACGGAUCUUGUCUUGGCGGUAUUCCACUGAUUGUUUAUUUCUCUUCUUUCGUUUAUUAACUACCAUGUACAGUCUGAAAUACAGAUUCUUUGAAUCCAAUACAAUCUUCCGCUGCUUUUAGGAAAGUUUGCUAUAUUCUUUGCCACUCAUUAUUCUUUGCCUGUUUCGGCAGAUGCAUUUAACAAAUCGAUAAACCUUGUGCAGGUAGAUUCGUCUUUCAUUUUCUCUACGUCGAUUUUUUAUCUUCUUUUUCGAGUCGCUAACUGCAGCCACAUUGAGUCUAACUGACGCAAUUUGAAGAUGAUGUUCGCUUGCAAUAUCAAUCUGGAGAUGUCCAAGUUAUUUUGUGGGCGCGCUUACGAUUGAGAAACGUUUCUCAUAUAACAAGAUUAAAAUUAGAGCAAAGUCCGGUAAACAUCUCGAAAUUCUCAGCCAUCGUCGCCUCUAAACCCUUAUUGUGAUGACCAACUUGGGCAUUCAUAUCACCCAUUAAGAUGACUAUACCACCCUUAUUGAUUUCACUCAUUAAUUUUGUGAGGCAGCUCCAAAAUGCUUCCUUAGCCACUCUGCUACAUUCUUUGGAGCAUAGCUUUGUACUUUGAACGUUGCCCAGUUGUGGUAGUUUUGUCGUUUAAUCGUAGUAUAUGGCAGCUGGGAUACUUUCUGGACUCAUUUCAACUAUUAUAAUUUUGCUAAGAUAUCUCAGAUAUUAAUCGAUAUAUACGAAUUGGAAAAUCCGUAUAUUAGGUUUAUGGGGCUACAGUAAAUAUUGACCCCAUUUUGCCCAAUUUUGGCACAGAGGUACACUGGUAGCAUCAACAGAAAACAGAUAAUAUGUUUUCGGAAAAAAUAGAUCACACGCACUGAGGCUCUCAUGUUCGGUAUAUGGGGCCUUGAAAUGUUAUGGUCCGAUUUCGGGGAUUUUAAAAUGGCUGCUGUCACACUAGAAACCCAAUUUUUUGCAAAGUUUUGUUCCACAAUAAUAAAAAUGCAAUUCAUCCUCAACCGCUGAACGUCUCCAACGAAAAAUUAACACUCGAUUAUGAGGUGCACUGUGACCCUUUAAAUUGUAAAACAAGUUUAGUUAUAAUUUUACAAGAUUUUAUUAAUUACAAUUUAUGAAUAGGAAAUAUAUUUGCUUGCUUGUCGUAUCUCUAAAGAAAGAGUUUACAUUUUAUUUUGUUGAUACAUAUUUAGAUAUUGAUAUUGCCUACACCGCCGUUGUUUGCGGUUUCAUUCUCAUUUUUCAACAAGGGUGGCAGCUGUAGAGUAAGCGGAAGCUCAAACAGAUGGGGAGUAUAAUAUCAUAAACAAUAACAAAGUCAGGAGUUAUUGCAAGUGAAUGCACUAACGAUAGCCACCUCAGCUAUUAUAUAUUGUAAACAUUUCAGCUUUGUUGAUACUUACAACAUGUUAGUCCAAAUAAAUUAAAUUUUUA